CACUCUCAAGUCUCACACCCGCCGCUUGGCCAUAACUUCACAAAAGAUGCUGAGGUCCACCAGUCGCCUUCUGCUGCUCGCGAUAGCGGCGAGCCACCUGCUGCUCGCCGCCGCCGGCGCUGGCUGCGGGCCGAGCGGUACGCUCCGGCCGACCCAGAGCCACGCGUGCCAGGACUGCUGCAAGGCCGGGCAGGCGUACCCGACGUACAGGUGCUCGCCGCCGGUCUCCUCGUCCACCCGGGCGGUCAUGACGCUGAACGACUUCGACGAGGGCGGCGACGGCGGGGACCCGUCCGAGUGCGACGGCGCGUUCCACCGCAGCUCGGAGCGCGUGGUGGCGCUGUCCACGGGGUGGUACAGCGGGGGCUCCCGCUGCGGCAAGAACAUACGGAUCCGGGCCAACGGCAGGUCCGUGCUGGCCAAGGUCGUCGACGAGUGCGACACCGUGAACGGGUGCGACCGCGAGCACGCCUUCCAGCCGCCGUGCCGCAACAACGUCGUCGACGCCUCCCAGGCGGUCUGGGAUGCGCUGGGCAUCACCGGGGAGGAGGUCGGCGAGUACAACAUCACUUGGUCGGAUGCAUGACCUACUCGUGGCGGCUGGCGGGACUAGCUGAUGUAAGGUGUAUGGACGAAUAAAGUGCGUGUCCGAACUCAAAAGGAAUAAACGGAUCGAAGAUGGUGCAUGGUACAGUUUGUACGUAA